AUGGGAGAUCUUAACAGCAAGCACAGAUACUUCGGGUGCAAAAAAUUUAACGAGAAUGGGCACAUAUUGUUUGACAUAAGUGAAGAUCUUGAGCUAACAAUUCUCAAUGACAUGAACGAAACAACGCACAUGUCCCCACUUGGUAGCACUGACAUACUUGACAUGGCUUUCGCAACGCAGCCCACUUUAUCCAAAAUCUCUGAAUGCUACGUCGGCGAAGACGUAGGAAGUGAUCAUCUUCCUUUGCAUGUGAAACUAACAAGCAACAUAAACAUCGCUACAGAGACAGAGAUACUGAAAAGAUGCAUCAGAAAACUUAACACGGUCGCCUUCGAUAAUGCAAUAAAUUACAACCUGAAUGUCGCACCAAUAUCCACAAACAUACACAACAUAGAUCAGGCGUGCGACAACGUUACUGACACAUUAAGCAAAGCUCUAGACUUAGCAUGUCCAAAAACACGGGUGCGUGAAAAUGUUUGGAGGGUUAGCAACGAAACCCUCAAGCUAAUCAAGCUAGAAAGAAAACUCAGAAGACUUAGCCAAAAGAAAGAGGGUAGUUUCUACAAAGUUAUGUACAAUUACAUGACUAAGCGAGUAAAAUCAGCCAUCAUCCAGGAAAAACAAGCAUCCUGGGAAAACGCAACAUCCAGUUUAAACAGCCAAAAAAUGGACAAAAACUUUUGGCAAACAUUCAAAUCACUCACAGGCACAGGAAGAACAAAAAAAAGCGGUCGAGAAAAACAGGUGCUAAAAGAAGACGGCAGUCUGACCACUAACAAUGAUGAAAAGGCCAAAGCCUUCGCCACAACCCUUGGAAAAAUCCACAACACACACGAAGGAAACAUCUUCGAUGAUAAUUUCAAAAAAUGUGUGGAGAACUAUGUGAAUAAAAACAGCACACUGUUCAACCCCCUUCCCCAUCCUACCAUCGAAAGUGGAGACGAGCACGAGUCAGUGUCACCAAUCUCCGUUGAAGAAAUAGAGACGAACCUAAAGCAAACUAAGAACACCGCUCCAGGGGAAGAUGAAAUAACAAACGCCAUCAUCAAGAUGACACCGCUUAAUCGCCUUGAAUAUAAGUUCGUCGGCGUAGCCGACAGGGAAGUUACGAAGUCCGAGGUCUUGUGA